CAGAGUGCUGACGUGCGCUCAUCAAGGCAUCUCGUUGAAUCUGGCACUAUCAAUCACAACAACUCGGGAUUGCCCUCUCACCUUCAGAGGUGAAAUCCUUGACUCACUGGUCCCUUGAUUCGCACUCACUGCAUCUCGGGGCUUUGUUGCGUCACCGAGGCCAUUUUACAACAAGGCCGUCAGCCUCGUCCUUCACCUGAGUGCUCUUGCAAACACCAUCCUUCCGACUCCCCAUCUCAGCCAGCCUCUCCCCUCCUCAGCCUCACCACCAUGGCUCAACAGUCAACCCUCCCCGAGGACAUCGCCUCCCAGCCCUGGGACCCCUCGACCUGGCGCUCCAAGCCCAUCAAGCAGUCCCCCGCCUACCCGGACCCCUCCAAGCUCACAAAGGCCGCCGCCGAGCUCUCGCGGAUGCCCCCCCUGGUGCACCCCAACGAGAUCAACGCCCUCAAGGCGCACCUGCGCGAGGUGGCCCAGGGAAACGCCUUCCUGCUGCAGGGCGGCGACUGCGCCGAGCUCUUUGACUACUGCGAGCAGGGCGCCAUCGAGUCCAAGAUCAAGCUGCUGCUGCAGAUGAGCCUCGUGCUCAUCUGGGGCACCAACAAGCGCGUCGUGCGCAUCGGCCGCAUGGCCGGGCAGUAUGCCAAGCCGAGGUCCAGCCCGACGGAGAUUGUCGAUGGCAAGGAGCUGCCCAGCUUCAGGGGGGACAUUCUCAAUGGCUAUCACGUCGAUGAGCGGGAGAUUGACCCCAAUCGUCUCAUCAAAGCAUACCACCACUCUGCCGCCACCCUCAACUACAUCCGCACCGCCCUCGCCUCGGGCAUCGCAGACCUCCACCGCCCCCUGGACUGGGGCCUGGGCCACGUCCGCGAUCCCGCCCUCAAGGAAAAGUACCAAAAGAUCGCCUCGAGCAUCCAGCAGACGCUGCGCUUCCUCCAGGUCAUCAACGCCCGCCCCGGCGAGCUCGAGACGGUCGAGCUCUACACCAGCCACGAGGGCCUCCUGCUCGAGUACGAGCAGCCCCUGACGCGCCUCCUCGAGAAGCCCACGCACCCCGGCCCCGUCGCCGGCAGCAGCAGUGAAGAGGCCCGCAAGGAAUACUACGACACCUCGGCGCACUUUGUCUGGAUCGGCGACCGCACGCGCCAGCUCGACCACGCGCACGUCGAGUUCUUCCGCGGCAUCGCCAACCCGAUCGGCAUCAAGGUCGGCCCCUCGACGCCCACCGAGGACCUGCUCGCCCUCCUGCGCACCCUCAACCCGUCCCGCGAGCCGGGCAAGAUCACGCUCAUCACGCGCUACGGCGCCGCCAAAGUCGCCGCCCUCCUGCCCAAGCACAUCCGCGCCGUCGAGGACUCCGAGUACCGCCGCUGCGUCGUCUGGCAGUGCGACCCCAUGCACGGCAACACCCUCUCGACGCCGACAGGCAUCAAGACGCGCCGCUUCAACGACAUCUACAGCGAGCUCGAGCAGUCGCUGCGCAUCCACAAGGAGCAGGGGAGCUACCUCGGCGGCGUCCACCUCGAGCUCACGGGCGACGCCGUGACGGAGUGUCUGGGCGGCAGCGAGGGGCUUGACGAGGAUGACUUGUCGACGAAUUACACGAGCUUCUGCGAUCCGAGGCUGAACGAGAAGCAGGCGCUUGAGUUGGCGUUUUUGGUGGCUGAUCAUUAUUCGAGGGAGCAUAAGAAAUGAGCUGGUUACGAACGUAUGGUAUAUAUAUACGAGGAACCAAGUCAUAAUGUGAAAAAAGGGGUGGGGAAAAAAAGAAAAAGAAAAGAUAUAUAUCUCAUGAUAGGUAUGAGAGAUUGCACGAAAGACGGCGGCUAUUUUUGCAUAUGUGUAUAUAUAUAUCAAUCAGCAAAUCUUGGCCUGAGGUUCACAAGACGGACAAAAAGAAGUACAAGAGGU